AAGAAACGCCACUUCCGCACUCUUCGGUCUUCACUCCGAUCUCCAACGCUCAGAAAGCAACUAAGGAAGCUCCCGCCACUGCACCAAGAAGAAGAAGAAGUGGCGAACUCUCCCGCCGCCAAUAUGAGUUCCAUCUCCUUCAAAGUCGGCCAGCGAGUCCACUCGGUCGGCGAUCCCCGUCGAAUCGGCACCGUCAAGUAUGUAGGAACGGUAGAAGGGUACUCCGGCAGUUGGGUUGGCGUCGACUGGGACAAUGGUGAAGGCAAGCACGACGGGACCGUGAAUGGAGUCCGUUACUUCCAAGCGAGAUCGGACCGAUCUGCGUCGCUGGUUCGACCUCAGAAUUUGAGCGCCAGCAUUUCUUUCCUUGAAGCUCUGUGCAUCAGGUAUAAAGGCCAGUCCACUAAGGAAGAAGAAGAGGAAAUGUAUGUGCUUUCGGGAAAGAACAGAAGGGUGCCUGUGGAAUUUUUGGGUAAAGAGAAGAUUCAAGAUAAGCUGAGCCGGUUUGAUGAGCUCACCAAUGCUUCUCUGUCUUUUCUCGGUGUUAGCACUCCGGGGUCAUCAGAAGAUAUCAGUUCUACUGUUCCAAAUAUAAAAGAACUGGACUUGACUGGAAAUUUGCUUUCAGAAUGGAAGGAUAUAGGCAUCAUAUAUGAGCAAUUGCCUUGUCUUACAGCACUCAAUCUGUCUCACAAUUUAAUGUCAGAUGUUGUCACUGGCCUGCCACAACUCAGUAGGAUUCGCGUUUUAGUUUUGAACUGUACCGGUAUAAAGUGGACACAGGUGGAAGAACUUAAACCUCUAUUGCCAGUAAUAGAGGAGUUGCAUCUCAUGGGAAAUGGUAUAUGUGAAAUAAAGCCGACAUCAUCUAUUGUUCAAGGAUUUGAGACUUUACGGCUUCUGAAUUUGGAAGAUAACUGUAUAGCUGAGUGGGCUGAAAUCUUAAAGCUUUCCAUGUUGACAAGUUUGGAACACCUUCAGUUGAAUAAGAACAAAUUGAAGAGCGUGUUUUAUCCAGAUGAUGAUACAGUACAGAAAAUGUUAAAUGGAUUUCACUUGCAAGAGAAAGGCUGCAUUCCUUUCAGAAACUUGCGUAAUCUUCUCUUGGCAAGUAACAACAUUGAGGAUCUGGCAUCAAUUGACUCACUCAACUUGUUCCCUAACCUAAUGGAUAUCAGAAUUUCAGAAAAUCCAAUAACUGAACCAGCAAGGGGUGGUAUCCCUAGAUUUGUCUUGCUUGCCCGAUUGUCUAAGGUGGAAAUGCUAAAUGGAAGUGAGGUUCGUGUUCGUGAUAGGAAGGAAUGUGAGAUCAGGUAUGUUCGCUUAGUUAUGUCGCAGUUGCAUGACAAACCAGAUGAAAUUAAGAAACUUCAUCCAAGGUUUUCUGAGCUUAAGCGUCUCCAUGGUAUUGAAGACGAAAGGCCGUCAACUGUGGCAGCUGGCCCUCAGAAAAUGGCUGCUGGACUACUGUCGGUCACCCUUAAGUGUGUGGGUGCUUCCAUGGGCGAAAAAGAUCCAAUUACGAAGAAGUUACCUGCCUCUACCACGGUUGGCAAGCUAAAGAUUCUCUGUGAAAUCUUUUUCAAACUAAGAUCAGUAAAACCCAAGUUGUAUCUGGAGGAAGAGAGCUCCCCUUUACCACAACUACUAGACGAGGAGAUGGCAAGUUUGGUAGAUGUUGGCGUUGGCAAUGGAUCCACCAUUCUUGUGGAUGAAGAAAGUUAACUCAAACCCAGUUGAACCAGUUUUGGCUAUAGCCCAGUUGGCCAUCGUACCUCUGAACAUUGCAGAAAGAGUUUCCGGCUCAUCUUCAUCCGGGUUCCUAGUUUCUUCUUCGUACCAUUGUUGUCUUCCUGCUGAUUCGGAGUACACCCCCCAUGGGUGCAAAUUCGUGAACCAAGAAAUAUUCAGGCAGUGCUGGUUCUUCCUGUACCACCAGAACAUUGAUCGGGGAAUGCACGCACUUCUUUUGAGGAAUGCAAUAUACUCGACCGAAGGGAGAGGAAUGAGCCAGACCUGGUCAUUUCUCAAGAACAAUAGCUAAAGGACCUGAUACUACUACUUGGAUCUGUUCAUUUUUUGCAAUUAUUAUUAUCUCUUUAAAAGAACGAUGAAUUGAAGGAACCCGUAGGCAGUAGGUUGCCUUUCUUUGCUUUUGCUUUUCAACUUUUUGUAUUUAAGUGUUAUUUAAUUUAACUAGACGUCCUCAACCAAUCUAGUCGAAAGUCAAAACCAAUUUUUUUAUAUAUAAGGAUGUCGUC